GCUUCAUAAAAAAGGAGGGGAACCAUCUUAAUCGUAAUGUAUUAUCUUUGGUAGCUCCCCCACGCAGGGUAUUUAUUCCUCCCGCCACACGGAGGCGAUAAAUCAUCGCUGUCGCUAUAAAACCGUUUGCAUCUGUAAUUAAAUCACCGAACCACCAGCUGCUUUUACUCUCUUUUUGACUUCUUGUUAUUUUGUCACUAAACCUUUAGAACAUGUUUCUCCUCCAGACGAGUCUCUGUGACACGUACAUGUUUGCAUCGCUACGUCGUCGCUAACCGGCGUUAUCUAACGGGAAAAACAGGAGCGCAAGCUGGCCUUCCAGCUUUAAUAUUAUCGUUAAGUACGUAAUAAGCGUCAUCCAGCAACUGCUUUUAUCUUUAAUAAGUCCGCUGUGGAAGAGUCGCCAUCUUGUCCGGAAGUUUGGCUGAAGGAGCAGCACCUCCUGGGGGAUCAUGUCCAGGCGGAGCCUCCGACUGGAUGACGGCCUGUUGGACCGAAGUAUUCCUCGCGGCAGCGCCUCCUUCAGUGUGGGAGGAGCCAGCUGGAGGAGCAACAGGCCGUCUCGUCGCUCUCAGCUCUCGGCCUCCUGUUCGGAGUCUCUCCUUGUCGGUUCUCCUCGUCAAGCGUUGGUCCCGCCGCUCCUCAGCAGCAGCGUUGCCUCUGACGCCUCCUUGCUGUCCUCUCUGCUGGACGACUCUGUGCAGGAGUCCACGCUGGUUGACACCUUCUGGGGCUUGGACCAGGAGUUUGAUCCCAAAGACGGCACCGUGGUGGUGAACCAGCGCUCUGUGGACGCAAACCUCCGUUGUCCCAAACAUCUGCUUCAGACUCCCAGCCGGGUUCACUGUCGAGAAUGUGAUCAGGCCGCCGGCUCGUACCGCUGCGCCUCCUCAGAGGCCUCCACCAUCUACGGUAGAGACCGGAGCCGCAAGACAGAUGUGCUGCAGCUGUGGCUCCGCCCCCCUCUGCUGUGCGUCAGCAGAGCUGCAGCCGGCUGCGUGCGUGUCCUCGCGCGUACCUGGCAGGUGUUCUCACAGGCCGAGGACGGACACGGAGCUGCACCUGGUCUCUGUGGAGUCAUGGACCUGAAGGAGUCCACCUCCACCCAGAAGGAGCUCCAUGCAGAGGGAUCUCUGUGUGAGGACUGUCGGGACAAACGGUCCUCCUCCUGCUCCUCGCUGGCUUCCUGUUUGUUGGGUCUGAUGUGGAACGCUGCUGUUUUCACAGGCGAGGCAGCAGGUGACGCGUGCAGGAGGAUCAACAGGCGAUGGUGUCACAUGACCUCCAGCUUCCUCCUCGCUGGGUUCGCUGUGAUGCUGCUGCUCUUCAGUACGUCUUCAUCUAACAAGGAAACCCCAGCAGGUUUGAUAGAAGUGUUUUCUUUUCAGCUGUCUGAGUGGGAGGCGUCUUUAGGCCCGCAGGUGGACGGCCCGCAGGUGGACGGCCCGCUGGGGGACGGCCCGCUGGGGGACGGCGCGGCCCGGCUGCUCAGGCUGGAGGAGGGUCUGGUGGCGCUGGCGGAGCAGGUGGAGGCCAGAGGGCGGCAGGCGGAGCGGCGUCACGAGGAGGUGCUGCAGCUGUACGCUGACCUCCGCCAGCUGGUCUCCGAUCAGAGCCGCAGAGAGGAGGCGGAGCCGUGGAUGAGGAACCUGAUGGAGCAGAAGCUGGAGCAGCUCAGCAGAGGACUGGAGGACAGGAAGCAGGCGGAGGAGGAGCAGUGGAGACGAGACUCCUCGUCAUCGUCUUCAUCACUUCUAGCUGCAGAUGGGUGUCCUGUGUCUUCCUGUAGCACCGGCGUGGACGGCAUGUCCCACGAUGCAUUGCUGCCAGAGGUUGCUCGGCUGGAGGCGUCUCUGGAGGACGUCCGGCGGGAAGUGGAAGAUCUGUGUGGUUGUGACGACUGCAGACGGCUCGACGGGAUCCAGCACGCGGUCCGCGAGGAGGUCCGGCUUCUGUUCUACGGAAACCAGCUGUCGGUGGUGGACCCCGCCUCCUUGGAAGGGGGCGGCCCCCCUGAGGGAGGCGGCGGCUUCCAGGAGCCGCUCCUCCAGCGGUACGUGAGCACGGCCGAGCUGCAGGCGGCGCUGCUCGCCCUGGAGCUCCGCCUCCUGCAGAACGUUAGCCAGCAGCUGGAGGGGCAACACGGAGAGGAAGACGCCGCUGGGACGGCUCUGACCCAGAAGGACGUCGAGGACAUAGUGACCGGUGCCCUGCGCCUCUUCUCUCUGGACAGAACCGGCCUGGCUGACUUUGCUCUGGAGUCUGGAGGUGGCAGCAUCCUGACCUCUCGCUGCUCUGAGACCUUCCAGACGAAGGCGGCGCUGCUCAGCCUGUUCGGGUUUCCUCUGUGGUAUUUCUCCCAGUCUCCUCGCGCCGUGAUCCAGCCAGAUGUCCAUCCAGGGAACUGCUGGGCCUUCAGAGGCUCCACAGGGUUCCUGGUGAUCAGGCUCUCCAUGAAGAUUCUCCCCACAGCAUUCUCCAUGGAGCACAUCCACAGAGCCAUGACCCCCAGCGGGACCCUGGAGAGCGCCCCCAGGGACUUCACAGUCUACGGUCUGGAGAAAGAAGAUGAUGAAGAGAAGAAGCUUCUUGGCUCCUUCACCUUCGACUCGGAGGGAGAACCUCUACAGACGUACCGCGUCACCGAGCAGAACCACGAGGCCUUCCAGCUCAUCGAGGUCCAGGUCUUGUCUAACUGGGGCCACCAGGAGUACACCUGCUUGUACCGCUUCAGAGUGCACGGCACACCCCGACCUGCCUGAGCCCCCCGUCCCUCCUUCAGGACGCGUGAAGUUGCUCAAUAGUUCAUAUUAUUUUAUUGUCUUAAAGCUGUUUUUGGCCUCUUCUCACUCAGUGUUUGUUCCUCUGGUGAAGUCGAGAGGAACUCUUUUCAAAACGUCUCCUCGGUGAGAAGAGGUGACUCUUUCUUCCCUUUAAGGAAUUGGGGGAAAAUAAUCUUUUAAAGAUAACCUUAUUCUUUUGUGUCAAACAUUCAGUUGAAUCAGUUUUUCUAUGCAGCUGAUUAGAUUUAUUUAUUUGUGUCUCUAUUACGGUGUGUUGGAGCUUUUACAUAUUAGUGUUUAUGUGAUGACAUAAUAAAGAUGUAAGAUGAUGAA